CUUGAAAAGCUGCGGCAAGUUUCAGCUCCCGAUGAGCGGAGCGUGGCACCUGCAGCCUUGCUGGCCACGCGGGAGCAGGUCAGGGAGCGCUGCAGCUGCAGAACCUCUGGGAGGUCUGUCGCUCCCCGGUAGCAGCUGCGGUAGCAGCCCGGUUGCCUGGAGGGAGGCUGCUGGGACUCCGUCGCAAACUUUUCUCUCCCUUCCCCUUUUUCUCUGGAGGGCUGGUGCUCCCCUCCUGUGCCCUCCCCGCUCCCUUUAAAGCCAGCUUGUGAGAUCUGUCCUUGCCCUAUCAAAUUUAACCUCCCCACCUCCGCAAUAAACCCCAUCUUAGAUAGGAAAGGGAUUCAAAGGAACCAAGCACGCCAAUUCGCAUCCCAAGGGAAGCAGGCAGAGAGAAAACUUUUCCAGCCGCGCGCAGAGCGAGGAGUGAGGAAACCGUGGACGCCUGUCUGUCUCUCCACCCCAGCCAGCAAGCCUGCGAACUUUCUGAGCGCGCCUGUAGCGCAAGAGGGCACCGUCUGUUUGCGGUUCUGGGCAUGCUGGGGAAGGAUAUGUCUCUGCCGCGCCAGAAAGCGCUCCCAAGCCCCAGGGCUGCCCUGGCUCUCCUCCUCUUGCAAGAGCUGCUGUGGCUGCAAGGUCUUGCAAAGGAAGCGAGUCUGGUGAAGCCAGAACUGAACAUUGCUGGAGACAACACCACCGUCAAUGCGGGAGACGCUUUCACCAUAACUUGCAGGGGUGCAAACGGUUUGACAUGGCGCCGGGAAAAUGGCCAAUCCAUCGAUGGCAAGAGGUGGCACGUGAACAAGCAGAAGUGUCCCAACAGGCCGUGGCAGACGUGCAGCAGCCUUGUGGUCAGACCCACCAUCGCCAACGACACGGGCUACUUCACGUGCCUUUACAAGCAGUUCCCUUCGAAGGAAGGCCUGAAGACCCAGAUAUACGUAUUUGUCAGAGAUGUCACAAAGCCCUUUGUGGAGCUCCACUCCCAUCAUCCUAAGCUCAUCUACGUUCACAACAGCACCGACACGAUUGUCAUACCUUGCAGGGUCACCUCGCCGGAGAUCAAGCCCAGGUUGCUGCUGUAUUCUGCCAGCACAUUCAGAAGUGCCAAGAAGGAAUGGGACCCCAAGAGGGGAUUCCUGAUCAGUUCACCGUCCUUUGAGUUCUUCAGUACCAUAAUCACGUGUGUUGCUACAGUUGGUGGAAAUGAAUACACGUCCCUUUACCUGUCACAUACAGUAGAGAGGGAAGUGUGGAAUCUGACCUUGAGAGCAACUGCAGAGAAACUGCUGGUUGGAGAAAGCCUUCACCUGGAAUGCCGAGCUGAGACAAAAGCUAACGGACGGAUUUUAUUUGCAUGGGAAUUUCCUGGAACGAAACAAUAUACCCCGAAAAAGAAAUUGGAAAAGGAUAAGGUUAAGGAUGGGAUCAUAUGGAGAAGCUCAAGUAAUAUUACCAUCCGGAAUGUUACAAUGGAAGAUAAAGGCGUCUAUGUUUGCAAAGUGACCAACGCAACGCAAGAACUGAAGCAGAAUGUUACAGUCACCGUAUACAAGAGACCUUUCCUCAAAGUUUCCUACAAGAGAAAUCCUUCUUACUGGGCUAAUGAAGGACAGAAGAUGCUGAAAAUGGCUUGGAAGGUGGAUGCUUUUCCUUACCCCAGUGUGACCUGGUACAAGGAUGGCAAGCCACUCAUUCCAAACACGAACUGCUACAAAGCGGAUCCCACAAAAUACAAGCUUGUCAUAAAGGAUGUGAGAGCAGAGCAUGCUGGGAAUUACACCAUAGAACUGAAGAACAGCAUUCAUGGACUCUAUGAAAACUACACUAUCCCAUUGGUUGUGCGAGUGAAACCCAAAAUUUAUGAAAAGGAGACUGAUUUUUACAAGGCUGAACAAGUCAAGAAGGGAGGAGAACACAGGCUCCAGUGCACAGCCAGUGGGAUCCCCCUUCCCACCAUACACUGGGAAUGGGAGCCGUGCAGUCAUGCAGACAACGAAUGCAAGCAGCGUGGCAGGAAAAUCAAAGUGGAGGACAUCGUUGGGCGUGAAGCCUCAUACGCAGCCAACAAAAUCAAGAAAAUUGAGAAUAGGACCGUAAUUCAUGACAAUACAUUAAAGGUCAUAAGCACCCUGGUGACCACUGCUAGCAACGUUUCGGGAGUCUAUUUCUGUGUGGCUUCCAGCGAGGCUGGCAGGGAAGAAAGACAACUCAACUUCUAUGUCUCAGAAGUGCCAUCUGACCUCCAGACAGAGCCACAAGUCACAGCCAUUGUAGCAAGCGACGUUCAGAUGACCUGCAAGUCCACCAAGUACAUCUACACACAUCUCUCUUGGUAUGACCCUGCCUUGCAAGAAAUCCCAGAUACCUUCACACACAAGAAAGUGGACAACUAUUCUAUCUCCUUGACGCUGGACCUGAAGAAUGUCUCUCAGCUCAAUGCCGGGUUAUACAGAUGCAGAGCUCGGAAGUAUCCAAACAGCACUGAGGGGUUGGAGAAAAGUACCAUGCUCAGCAUCAAAGUUAAGAUGGUGCCUUACAUUGUGGAGAACUUUACGGACUUAGAAGUGAAUAUCAGUGGGAAGAUAGUUCUGGAGUGCAAGGCAAACGGGACACCAAAACCUGUUAUUGCCUGGCUGAAAAAUGGCUACCUGAUUGCUCCUGCUUCAGGGAUUUCCAUGGAAAAUAACACGCUGGUGAUUGAGCGAGUGAAGAAGGACGAUGAAGGUCACUACGAAUGCAAGGCUGUCAACGAAAUGGGCCAGGACAGCACCCGGGCAUUUAUCAAAAUAGAAGGGUCAGAAGAAAAGUCCAACAUCGAAGUUAUCAUUUUGGUUUGUACAGGAUUAGCAGCCACUCUUUUCUGGCUCCUUCUCACUCUCUUCAUUCGAAAGCUCAGGAAGCCCGAUGCCACAGAUAUCAAAACAGGAUACUUGUCGAUCAUAAUGGAUCCCGAGGAAAUGCCCCUUGAUGAGCAGUGCGACCGUCUCCCAUACGACAGCAGUAAAUGGGAAUUUCCGAGGGACAGGCUGAGGCUGGGUAAAACUCUGGGUCAUGGUGCUUUUGGGAAAGUGGUGGAAGCAUCUGCUUUUGGCAUAGAUAAAUCUUCAACCUGCAAAACAGUUGCUGUUAAAAUGCUUAAAGAGUGCGCAACGACCAAUGAAUGCAAGGCACUGAUGUCUGAACUCAAGAUCCUCAUUCACAUUGGGCACCACCUCAACGUGGUCAACCUGCUGGGAGCUUGUACCAAGCCAGGAGGUCCUUUGAUGGUUGUGGUAGAGUACUGCAAGUACGGAAAUCUGUCUAAUUACUUACGGGGAAAACGAGGAGACUUUGUUGCAUGCAAGCCACAGGAAAACUUAGGCCCUGCUGAGAAAGGUCUGGAGGAGUCCAUCAGUGAUUUGACUGAACUGAUCAAACGCCGCCUCGAGAGCGUGGCCAGCACUGGGAGCUCAGCCAGCUCUGGCUUCAUUGAAGACAAGAGUUACACUGACUCUGAAGAGGAAGAGGAAGACGCUGAAGAUCUCUAUAAGCGAUCCCUCACCUUGGAAGACUUGAUUUGCUACAGCUUCCAGGUAGCCAAAGGCAUGGAGUUCUUGGCCUCAAGAAAAUGCAUUCACCGGGAUUUGGCAGCCAGGAAUAUUCUCCUGUCUGAAAACAAUGUGGUGAAGAUCUGUGACUUUGGAUUAGCCAGGGAUAUUUACAAAGAUCCUGAUUAUGUGCGGAAAGGAGAUGCUAGACUGCCACUUAAAUGGAUGGCUCCAGAAGCGAUUUUUGACAAAAUUUAUACAACCCAGAGUGAUGUUUGGUCUUUUGGUGUGUUGCUGUGGGAAAUAUUUUCUCUCGGAGCAUCUCCGUAUCCAGGGGUGUAUAUCGAUGAGGACUUCUGCCGACGUCUCAAGGAAGGAACACGAAUGAGAGCACCUGAAUAUUCAACUCCAGAAGUCUACCAGACCAUGUUGGAUUGUUGGCACAGUGUUCCAACAGAGAGACCUACCUUCACGGAGCUCGUGGAGCGCUUAGGAGACCUGCUCCAGGCCAAUGUGCAACAGGAUGGGAAAGACUAUAUCCCACUGAACAUUUCAUUAUGCUCUGAUGGAGAGCCCAUCCCCAAAAUCUGCAUCUCAGAAGACAACUUAAGCAACUUUAUUCACCGCUGGAGUGCUGUGGAAGCAAGUAUUAAUGCCAAGAACCGGCCACUCAGCGUGAAGACCUUUGACGAAGUCCCGGUUGAGAAAAAAAUGGAUGAGGAAAGCGAGUCAGAUAGUGGGAUGGUGCUGACCUCCGAUGAAAUCAAGAGCCGGAAGAGACUGGAAAUCCGCUCCUGGCCUUACGGGAUAAUGGCUCUAGCGAGAAAAGCCAUCAGCAAGAGCAAGGAGUCCGUCCUGUCGGAGAACAAGCACGAGCCUGUGAAGUACCGCCCAGCGGCCCCGGAGGAUGAAGAUGCUCUGGAAGAGUCCGUCCUGCUGCCUAUGGAUGCCAGCCUGGAGUGCCACAGCCCUCCUCCCGACUAUAACUCCGUGAUCCAGUACUCUGCUCCUCCCAUGUAGCCGUCCAGGGAAGGGCCAACCUCACGCAUCUCUGCCCAUGCAGUAUUUUCACCUGGCUUCCCAUCUGUGCGGCCUGCUCCAAAGAGCCCAUGUUCCAAAGGGAGGAUGCACCCCCGAGCGCCCCGAUCCACCCAUCUUCAGUGUCCAAUCCCCAGAGUGAAUGGACAGCCUUUCAAGAGCGGCUACCUGGAGGGAUUGUUUCACCCAAUGCAUCUGUUCUCACCUUCCACUCAGCUGGCUUAUUUUUCAAAACUCUGCAGGUGCACAAAUUACAUCUUCCUUCUGUAGGGAACUCUGUCUCAAAGCUUUGCUGCACGCAGGAGAGCUUCUUUUUAUGUUGCUCAGAACGAGCUGCCGCUGACAAUUCAUUGCUAGGGGUUCCUCCUUCAGGGAUUACUGCCCUCACAGCCCCAGCUAUGCAGAAGAGUUGAGUUUGUUUACUCCUUUGUUUAGCUUAUGAUUCCUGAAAAUCAAAUAGAUCGCAGCACCAGAUGCGUACCUGCCGGACCACACGUGCUAGCGAUGCACGAUCAACUUGCACUGGAAAGAGGAGCUGAUGGUGAAUGUGCAGUGACAAUCAAGACUUUCUGCUCUUUGUGCAUGCAAGGUGGAAGUCACAAUGUAGUGACGUUAGGCAGAGGCCAUGCCACAGAGAGGGAAAUUUUAAAAAAGUGCUUUGGGUAUUGUUUUGUGCUAGCAGGGGCAGAAAGCAAACCUGAAAUUCCAUGAAACUGUGAAUGAAAAUAUCUCUUAAAUAGGAAUUGGAAAGAAUAGCCAUGAGGAUUUUAGCAGGUCUUCUGCAAUAACACUUCCUUCACCCACCUGCCCACCCCAUGAAUAUUUUUUGCUAAACAACCAUGUACAUAUGCAUAUAUGUUUGUAUUGCUGCUUAGGUAAACAAUACAAGUUAGCUAUAGAAUACAGAACACUUAGCUAGAGAAGCACUUACCUUACAACUAAUUUAUUCAUAAGAUCAGUUACCAUUCUGUAUAAAUCACACCUGCCUUACUGUUUUGAGGUGCUUAGGAUGCAAGCUCAUUUCAGUCCUGUGCUUUACUCUUAACUUGUGAGGAUGUGUGGAAAGCUAUGCUUAGGAAAGCUCAUUUACCAAGAAAUGAGCCAGCAAAGAUGGGGAGGGGUAUAUAGAAAGAGAUGCAUGCGGAAGUAUGUUCUCGUGUACAACAGCAAGAACCCGGAAAGAGUUCUUUAUGUGAAUUAGCCGUUUGCCUGAAAACCCAGGUAAAAUUCUGUUACUGUGAAGAAUGAAGCUCAAGAAUGAAAAGGACAUAAGAAAGGGGAGAAAGGUGACAACUUCUGGAGCAGACGUGUAGCAGUACCUGUAGCAGAGGUUUGAUCUGCAGCUGAUAGGAAGUAAUGAAUGGAUCAGCUCCCGACUGGGGAGACUGCCCUGCUGAUUUCAGCAGAUCAACUCCCUGGAAAGGGUGUGUGUUUCUGAUCAGAAGAGGAAAGAGGCAGCAAUUCAUGGCUGCUUCUAUAUUCUAGCCACCAUAUUGCUUAGCUUAGAGCUCCUUCCACCUGGUUGCUAUUCCUUUGAAAGAGGUGCCCUGGCUUCACCACUGGCUUCAGGAGGUGCCCUGGCUUCACCACUGGCACAUCAUGGCUGACAAUGCAGUGCUGUUUCCACAGCAGAUGCAUUUUUCCCUGGUCAGAUGGCCAAGUUAUGUAUUUUCGACAGAAAGGCUUUCCUCCACUUUCCCUUUGUUUCCAGGAGUAACCAGGAUGGCAGAUCACUGCUCAGCCAAUAGGAACAAAUGAAGUGAUGACCUGUCUGUUGCUAGGGUGCUGUGGGCAGUAGAGAUCAGAGGCCUAGAGCAGCCCCUUCUAUUGCUGCUCUUUCAAUGCGACUCUAUGGUCCUCACUAGCAAAUGUAAGAAAGAAGCUCCCAGGUCCAAACAUCAUGAGAAACCAUGGUGACGUGUGGGGACCAUACUGUAAACUGUUGAAUCUCUCCACGGUUUGGGGAAACACAAUGACAAACGAUGGUGAAAAUUCACCAUGGCUUCUCAGGAGGUAUGAACCGAGUCAACAGAUCCACUUCUAGACUUACGUGCUUCUGUGGCUUCUGCUCACACCAGUCCAAUGGAUGCUAAGAGCCCGUUCUCACGAGGAACACAGCUGAGCAGGACCAAGGGUGCUGGCAUCUCUCCAUGCCACGUGAAAAGCUCAUCUCAUGGGAGCACUGAAUUUAAGCAUGCCCACAGAGAGAUGGGAAGAGACAACUGGCCAUUCCGAUAAACCCAGAUGAACCAGGUUGCAUCUGCUGUCUGUGGAACGGUGGUCCAUCCUGCAUGACCUUUGGGCACCUUCCCAGCAGUCCCUGAAGUGGCAGAGCAAACAUGCCCUAACCCCUUCUCUCUCACAGAAUUCUCUGGCAGGGUCCUGAGACUGCGGAGGAAUAUUAAACUUUCCCAAUAGGACUGUUGCCUGUAGUACUGUAUUAAUAUGCGUGUGCAUGGAGGGGGGGGUGAGGUCCUUACAUACAGCAGUUCGUCAGGAAAAGGAAGGAGAGGAGAAAGCAAAGAUGCCUUGGGGCAUGAGAGUGAGGUCUGCCCAAAGUAAAAAAACACACACACACACACUAGAUGACCUCUGCCCCAUCUUCCUUUUCAAUAGGAUGAAAAGCAAGUCCCCUCCCCAUUUUUUGCCCCCGAAUGCUGUUGUCCGUGCAAUGGGCGGGCACUUACCAUUCCCGACAGUCUGCAGUGAACUGUCUCUGUGUGCCUGUUGCAGCACCGGGCUGAAAGCCUGGCGCAGCCUGAUCUUUUCUCAUGACGGGUGGAUCCAACGGGUCUUCUCUCAUGAGACCGAAGUGGGUCUUUGGGGAAAUUGUGCGGCAUACCUCUUCCCAAAGCCAUGGUCACCCCGUAGACCCUCUGCCAUGCUUUUCCACAGGCUUCCCUGAUAGUUCUCCUCCGUGUGUUAUUUUUUUAACCAAGAGAAUUACUGCCUGAAAAUGGACCUGUAUUGCUUGUAUUGUAUUUACUAAUAUUCUUUGUGCUGUUACCUUAUGCCCCUUAAUUUAAAUACUGUAUUUUUCAUUGAUAGAUAUAGCUAUAUAGUCCAGUCCUGUUGGCUGUAAUCCUGGACAUACUUACCAGGGGGUAAGACCCACGGGGCUCAGUGGGGCUUAGUCCUGGGUGGGCAUGUACAUGAUUGCAUGGUUGAAGUCUCUUGGUUCCACUGGAGAGGUCAGCAUUUCCACCGCCACCGCCAUGUGGGGUUUCUAACAGACCUGACUUUGGCUGGUCUGUGCUCAUAGUGUUUAGUUAGCAGAAACAGUUCAGUGUAGAUGUCCAUUUAUGGGGCCACCUUAUAGGGCUUCUUAAGUACGCAAAAGCAGGAAGUACCCCAUCCCAGGAGUGUCCGGUUUCUCAGGCAUGCAGGCAAGGUUCCAGUUUGGCAGAGGAGCCCUCCCCAGUCCCGUGCCUAUGGCUGCCUUAGCCAAACACCCCUGGCCCUGACCCUGGAGCACUUCGGGUGUUUCAUUCAUGUUUCCUGUUAGUGCUACUUGGGCCUCCUUUAGAAACCAAGGACCCCUGUGCAUCCUGUGGGGGUGCCUAAGGACGAGGGAGACACGGCUGCCCCAGUUCAAUUAGGUUGCUCUCUCUUGCUGGACAGAGGAGGGUUCCGCUGCCCCGUGGAAGUAUUUUGGGCUGUUGUUGCUUCUAAUGCUACUCAGGGAUUCUUCGUGGCCUCGGAGGGCACUCUGCGACCUGCCUUUGUGCUCUGCUUCAUCUCAAAUAUCAAUCAUGCCGAUCCCUUUGUUCCCAAUGUGUCUUUCUCCCCUUCUCUCCCUUUGGCGAGCCCUGCACUUCACUUGCAAAGAGGGUGCUGCCCACUCCAUUUUCCAUUCACGUUGACCCUUCAUGCCACACGCAAUCAUUUCAGGAAAGACACUUGUUCAUUCAUAACCCGUUUGCAUACUGAGCCGAUUAUUCCAAAAGUCUGCUCUUUGUCCCGCCUUUGUCACAAAUCUGCAUUCUUCCUUUUUCAAACCAGAAACAAAAGCACAGCGUGCCUUGUUUCUGGCCGCUCACUGGGUUGUACCCAACCUUUUAUUUCAGGCAGAGGCUGCAGGGCCUUCCCAAACUGAUCCCUCUAGAUGUUCUGGGCUACACCUUUCAUGACCCACAGCCACGCUGGCCGGGCAUGAUGGGACUUGUGAAGCAACACAUCGGGGGGCCAGCAGGCUGGCGAAGGCUGGACUGAAAGAAAGCUUAAGGGGAGUGUGAUGGAAGCACAACUGCUGGGCCGUGUGCCUUUCAUCCUGCUUCCCCCACUAGUGAGGGACUGGUUCCAGAAAGAGGCAACGCAGCUGCUUACCAUGGCCUCCUGAGCUGUUUGCCGUGAUCCUGAGGAAGGUUCCACAUCCACACCGACAGUUGCCAGGACAGUGCAGGACAAGUGCCAAAUCUCCUUCCACAGGGGACAGCCCUGGAGGUAUUUGCAGCCCUGCGGUUACAAGAGGGCAGUAAUAUUCACGUCAGCCCUGAUGCUUCCUUCCCAGUAUCCAGACCGGAAGCAUCACCAUGGUGUCUCUUGAAAGAGAGCAGCUAUUUCCCCGUCAGUAACAGCCAGAUCUGCACCCUCCAAAAAGGCCGCCCUGCCACUCCCCCUGGCCUCUAAAAUACUCUGACCUUUGCGAUUUCCACCAUAUCCAAAUGGCCCCGCAGACGGCUUGCCUCCCUCUCCCUGGCGCCCCAUCUAGCACCCUUCGUCCAGAUAAGCCCAUGCCCCAACCUGCUUCAAAUACUAUGGGUUGGACUCUAUGGUGAACCGGUUGCUGUCUGAAGAUGGUAUGCACUGAAAAACCUGCUCUCUUUAUGUAGUCAAAGUGUAUUCUAAUUAUUAACCAAAAUAUAAAUUAAAUGGAUUCUAUAUUUAUACA